CCCGCCCAACGAACAACCUCCUGACCGCCCCCGUACUCAACCCACCCACCCCCCAAUACCCCAGAAACGAGAAAGGGUUCCUUCAAAAACUCUCACAACGGCUACUUACGUUUAAUCGCCUACUGGGGAUAGUCCCCCCGACCCCCACUUCUCACCUUCUGUCGCUCGUUCAGCAUGCUUCAUUCACUAUCAACAACAUACUUUUUGCGCCGCUUAAUACCAUUCCUGUUCGCGGCCACAAUAUUCAGCUCCCAACAUGUCGCGGCCGAGCGCAUCAUCCAGUCGACCUCCUUGAACCCGUGUAUGGAUGAUUCACUCUUCGUAGCGACUCUGUUCAAUAUCACGUAUACCCCUGAUAGUGGUACUCUCAUGAUUAGGGUCAAUGGAAUCUCUUCGUUGUCUGGAAAUGUCACGGCGAAAUUGUCCAUCAUAGCUUAUGGCUACAAGGCGAUGGAAAGAGAUCUGGAUCCUUGCGGCAUGGAGGGGUUCGAGGGAAUGUGCCCUAUGUCGACCGGUGUCAUCACCCUUAAUUCGCACCUCACGGUCGGCGACGGUGUUGAGAACUCAAUUCCUGGCAUCACCUACCAGGUUCCAGAUCUCGACGGUAUUGCCAGGAUCGAAGUCACCAGCGUCGAUUUGGGGCGUAAGGUGGCCUGCGUGGAGGCGCCUCUUAGUAACGGCAAAACCGUCGAUCAACACGGAGUCGGAUGGGUUACCGCCGUCAUCGCGGGCUUAGGACUCGUCGCAUCAGCCGUCACCUCGGGUCUCGGUCACUCCAACACUGCCGCGCACGUCGCUGCGAAUGCGUGCUCGCUAUUUGGAUAUUUCCAGGCCCAGGCCAUGAUUGGUAUGACUGCCGUCAAGCUUCCGCCGAUCGUCUCUGCGUGGACCCAAAACUUCGACUGGGCGAUGGGAAUCCUGGAGAUCGGCUUCACGCAGGAUAUCUUCCACUGGUACAUCCAAGCCACCGGAGGAACUCCGGCGAACUUGCUCAACCGUUUGACCGAAGUCUCGGUGCAGAUCGCGAAGAGAUCCGUAGAUGUUGGAAGCGACAUGCCGUACAUGAUGAGUCGAGCCGCGAUGUACGGAUUCGCCGAAACCCGCCUCGACAAACGGAGUACCGUGAAUUCGAUAGUCCGCCGAUCAGCAGAGCUCUAUUCGAGAUCUAACAACGACAAUACGGCUACUGCUCAGGCGAGCGUUGUCGUUGUCUCUGGAAUUGAGAGGGUCUCGUUCAAGGCUAAGAUUGAAAUCACAAACUUUUUUAUUACGGGGCUGGUGUUCUUCGGUGUUUUCCUGGCUGCUACCGCGUUGGGUGUGUGCGCGUUCAAAGGCUUCUGUGAAUUGGCGAUCAAGAUGAAGUGGAUCCGAGGCACCAAGUUCCAGGAUUUCAGGAACGGGUGGUUGACGGUUUUGAAGGGAAUCAUGUACCGACUGGUUCUUAUUGGUUUCCCCCAGAUGGCGAUUCUCUGUCUCUGGGAACUUACCCAGAGCGACUCUGCUGGAGCAAUGGUUCUGGCCGUCUUCUUCUUCCUUUCGAUGAUGGGGAUCUUGGGUUGGGCUUCCUGGAAGGUUAUUCGCAUCGCUCGGCGCUCGGUUUCCUUGCACAAAAAUCCGGCAUACAUCUUGUACUCGGACCCCGCUGCAUUGAACCGAUGGGGCUUCCUUUAUGUUCAGUUCCGAGCCUCGGCCUACUACUUCAUCGUACCGCUUCUGUUCUACUAUCUGGUUAAGGCGAUGUUCAUUGCCUUCGGCCAGACAGCCGGCACCGUGCAAGCCUUUGCACUGCUCUUCAUCGAACUCGCCUAUCUGAUCGCCGUCUGCAUGAUGCGCCCAUGGAUGGACAAGAGGACCAAUAUUUUCAACAUUUCGAUUUGUGUGAUCAACUUUUUGAAUGUCAUCUUUUUGCUGGUGUUUACCGGAAUCUUUAAUGCUGCAGAAAUAGUCACCGGUGUUAUGGGAGUGAUUUUUUUUGUCAUGAAUGCCGCUUUCGCUCUCGUCCUUCUCAUCCUCGUCCUCGUAUCCUCCGUCUACGCCCUCAUCUCCAAGAACCCUGAUAUCCGAUACCAGCCAAUGCGAGACGACAGGGGCUCCUUCAUCAAAUCCAGCUCACAGAUGACCGGCUCCACCGAAUUGGAUGCGCUUGGAGCUACGGCUCGUGGUGACCACAAGUCCCGCGAUCUCGAAGACGACCGCGAUUCUUUCGACCACACCCGACAAUCGUACCACAGCGCGAGCCAUGUUCCAUUGCCACCAUCCACGGCCAACUCGCGCGCACCGAGCAGCUACGAAGUUCCCCGUUCUCCGGUCGAUACAUCUGUGCCGUUCUUCCCAUCGAACGGUCAGGAUGGCUCGCGGAAUCCGUAUGGCCAGCAGGCUCCACAGAGCACUGGAGUGCCAUUACUCACACCCGGAGGAAUGCGGGCACCUAGCAGAGGCCCCAGCCCUUCGCCAUCCCAGCGGUCGCAUGGACCUUACGAGCAGCCGUCGCCGACAAGGCAGGAAGGAGGAUGGAACGUGGGGGUGGGUUACGAAAAAUAAGAUAAGCUUGGGAGUUUGUUUGUAUGUUUACUUUCAUUCCUACGUAAUUGUCAUUCGAUUGUCGGUUUAGUUUGGUUUUGGUUACAUAGCUCGGAGAAACGAGCUUUGCUUUGCG